CUUCCGCCGAUGCAGCGGCGGAGCGUCAAAGCGAAGCGAGGCAGGGAUUGAUGGGCGCAGCUGCGGCCGCGAGUCCCGGGGGGGCCCCCAGCGCUCGCACGCCCAGCGGACGGCGCCGGGGAGGAUAGGAGCCGCGCGGGUCCCGCCGCUGCCGAAGAACAGACUAGAGGAGAAAGAACAAGCAGGGCCAGAACUGGCAGAAGAACCAAACAUUGGGGCAGCUGAACCUCAGUUUACAUCUGGGAGACCAAGAUCAAAGGAGACCCAUUCGUUGGGAUGGAAGCGCGCUGGGAAACGCAAUGGCAACAAUUCCUCAAGACGCUUCAACCCUCUCAUUGCAGAGGAGGAAAUCCAGCAAGAUCAGGGAAUUCUCCCUGGGAGGAUCCCAAGGCCUUCCUGGCCUCCUUCGAACAGGUAGCCACAGCCUGCCGGUGGCCCAGAGAAGAGUGGAUGGUCCAUCUCCUGCCGGCCCUUUGUGGAGAAGCUGAAGAGGCCUUUCGGAGCCUGGACACCCUUCAUCAAGGGGAUUACGAGAACGUAACGGCCGCCAUCUUGAAAGGGGAAGCCGUGAAAACGGAGGCCCAGCGUCAGCGCUUCAGGCAGUUCUGCUGCCAGGAGGUGGAAGACCCACGGAGGGUUUACGGCCACCUCCGGGAGCUCUGCCACCAGUGGCUGAAGCCAGAGAGACACACCAAAGAGGAGAUCCUGGAACUGCUGAUCCUGGAGCAGUUCCUGGCCAGCCUCCCUCCAAAGCUCCAGAGCUGGGUUCAACCCAGGAGGCCGGACACGUGUUCCCAGGCGGUGGCUCUGGUGGAGGACUUCCUGCAGAGCCAGCAAAGGACCAAAUCAGAAACACGUCUGGACCCCCCAAAUAAAGAACUGGCUGAUUUUGAACAGGCAGAGGAGGACCCCCUGGAGUCUAUGAAGAGAGAAAACGUUGAAGUGGAGAUCAAAGUGCCAGGCCAUGGAACCAAAUCCCCAACUCACAUCAGCUCGUUGCUUCCUCUGGAAGGACCUGGAAUGGUCCAAGGUGGGCUGAAAGAGGAGCUGAUGGACCUCAAAGAAACAGAUGUGCGUUUGCAGGCAGCUAAGCAGAGGCUGACCCUCGCAGCCCACCAGAACGUGGCCUGGCAGGUCCUACAGGAAGAACAUGGAAAUAUAGGUUGUUUAAGUAAGGACGGUAACAGAAGGGAGAAUAGGGUUAAAGUGGAGAAUUUUCAAGGUGGAGAAGAUGCAGAAGAGCCAUGCAGGAGAGACCCCGUGAUAAGCCCUGGGAAUCUGCCAUCAUUAAAAGCUGAAAUGGAAGAAGAAAGUUGUGAAUCCAAUCAGCAGAGAUGGAAGCCACCGCUAGAAAUGGAGGAUACGCACAACAGACUCGAAAAGGAUCUUACUACUGCUGUGACAGAAAAGACCAACAAGGGUAAAGUGUCCAUGUUCUCCCAGUACGAUAGAAGAUACCUCUACCAGGUGGAACUAAAUCCAAUAACUUCUACGGAGAAAUUGGAGCAACAUCCUCAAAGAUUUGAGGACAGCUACCAGCAUACUUCAAACAUGAAUCAAGAGGAGAAACACAUGACAAGUGAGCAAAGGGUUGAAAUCUCUGAGAAUGGAACAGGGAAUAACUUGAAUGCUUACCUAAGUGACCAUCUCGGAGAAACACACAACAAUUCUCCUGAAUGUGGGAAAACCUUUACGAACACAAACUCACUAAGCAGGUUUCCGGUGUGCGCUCCUGAAGAGGAAUGGUACGAGUGUUCCCACUGUGGGAAGGGCUUCAACAAGGCAAAAUACUGGAAGCAGCACCAGAAAAUUCACACCGGGGAGAAGCCGUACAAAUGUUCCCACUGUGGGAAGUGCUUCAAUCAGUCGGGAAAUCUGAAGACUCACCAAAGGAUUCACACUGGCGAGAGACCCUACAAAUGUUCCCAGUGUGGGAAAUGCUUCAGUCACACCAACUGCUUGAAGAUGCACCAGAGGAUUCAUACUGGGGAGACCUACAAAUGUACUCAGUGUGGGAAAUGUUUCAGAGAGACGGGAAUCCUGAAGAGGCAUCAACGGACUCAUACCCGAGAGAGACCCUACAAAUGUUCCCAGUGUGGAAAAUGUUUCAGCCUGUCGGGAAUCCUGAAGAGACAUCAAAGGACCCACACCGGGGAAAGACCGUACAAAUGUUCUCAGUGCGGGAAGGGCUUCAAUCAGAUGGGAACGCUGAAGAAACACCAGCGAAUUCACACAGGAGAGAAGCCGUACAAGUGUUCUCACUGCCAGAAAUGCUUCAACGAGAGAGGAAAUUUGAAGAGGCAUCAGAGAAUCCAUGCCCGAGAGAGCCUUAACAUCAUUCAAGAAUUCAUCCUGGAAAACGACCAUAUCAAUGUUAUCAAGGUGGGAAAGACUUCUUCUACAGAGCAAGAAUUCUAAAGUGACUUUGAAAAAAAAAACAAAAA